CAGCAGUUUAUUCUAUCACAGCAGCUUGUUAUCGCGUGUUUGUAUAUAUUCUAGUGUGCCUAUUCGAUGGAACUUGACGUUCUGUCUCGAACGUUCGUUGUGUGUAAUAUUUACCUUCUGUGUAACAUGUGUGAGUUACUCAAGUUUGACAAAUUAAAAUGGCACUCAUAACUGCUUACUGGGGUUUGGACGGCAUUAUAGUUUUAACGACUCUCAUGAUAAUCGUUUAUCUCUACAUGACACGCAAUUUUAAAUACUGGAAGAAACGGGGCAUCUCGGAAAUCUUUCCACCGACACCUUUCUUAGGCAAUUUCACAGAAUGCCUAUUACUAAGAAAAGCACCAGCAUAUUUUCUAAAGGAGUUAUAUGAGCAAGCAAAGGGAUUACCUUACUUCGGUCUCUAUAUUUUCGACAAACCCUUCUUGUUAGUUCGUGAUCGAGAACUCAUUAAGAACAUCUUAAUAAAGGAUUUUAAUACCUUCUCCGAUCGAUACAUUAUGGCAGAUCCGAAAGAUCGUCUAGGUUGUAACAAUCUCUUUUUUAUGAGGAAUCCAACCUGGAAGAUGUUAAGAAUGAAAUUGUCGCCAUUCUUCUCAUCCGGUAAACUGAAAAAAAUGUUUGAAUUGAUGUUAGAAUGUGGAAACAAUCUAGACACGUAUCUCGAAUCGUUGAAAGAAGAUGCAGAAGAGAUGAUUGAAGUGAGAGAAUUAGCUGCCAAAUUUACCACGGAUGUCAUUGGUAGCACUGCUUAUGGACUCGAUGUGAAUUCGUUCAAGGAUCCAAACGCUGAGUUUCGCAAAUACGGCAAGAUGAUCUUUCAAUACGAUACAAUUCGGGGCUUGGAAAUGCUCGCGAUAUUUUUCCUUCCAAGUAUAGUUCGACUCACUCGUGUAAAGCUAUUUGGCAAAGAGCCUACUAUCUUUUUGCGCAAGGUUUUUUGGGAGACAAUCACUCAGCGCAUGGAAUCUGACAUAAAGAGGAACGAUCUCAUCGACAUUCUUCUCGAAUUGAAAAAAAAUUACGGUGAUCAGGAUUACAACGGAUUUAAAUUUGACGGGGAUGAUCUUAUGGCGCAAGCAGCCAGUUUCUUUAGCGCUGGUUUCGAAACAUCUUCAACAACAACGGCGUUCGCGUUGUAUGAGCUCGCAUUGCAACCUGAUAUUCAAAGUACUUUGAGGAAAGAAAUUGUCGAGGCUCUUGACAAAUCCGGUGGAAAAAUUACAUACGAUAUGACUACAUCGUUACCAUAUCUUGAUAUGGUGGUUUCCGAAACUUUGAGAAUGUAUCCGCCAUUGGGCUAUCUAAAUCGUAUGCCAAGUGAGACUUAUAAAGUGCCGAACUUUGAUCUCGUAAUUGAAAAGGAUACACCGAUAUACAUCCCGAUGCUUGGUCUACACUAUGAUCCGGAAUACUUUCCCAAUCCGAAUAAGUUUGAUCCGGAGCGAUUCAAUGAGGAAAAUAAACGUGACAGACCGGCAUGCGUCUAUUUCCCCUUCGGAGAGGGUCCACGUGCGUGCAUAGGCACUCGUUUAGGAAUUUUGCAAAUAAAGCUGGCACUUAUAAUAAUCUUGAGAAAAUGUGAAAUAACACCGUGCAAGGAAACUUUGAUACCAAUGAUAAUUGAUCCGAAGGGUGCCAUGACAGUACCAUUAAACGGCGUAAUACAUCUCAACUUCCGAAAAAUUAAAUCUAGCGCUCUUUAAAAUUACUUUACAAUAGUGUAUUUAUUGCAUUAUUUUGAUUCAUAAAAAUAUGUACAACUUGUGUGUUUUAAAAAAUGUGUAAAAAUAAAAAAUUGAAUAUAUUAUGCAUGAUACGUAAAA